AUGGAUGCGGCCGCGGCCGCUCCGGCGGAGGCGCCGGCGGAGUUCGUCCGCCGCUGGCUGCAGGCGGAGGGUGCCGAUCUCGCCGGCUCGGCGAAGGAGCAGCUGGGCCUGGCCCGGCGGCUGCUGCGGCGAGCCGAGGCCCGGCUCGGAGACCUCGAGCGGCGGCGGGCCGAGGAGCUGAGAGAAGUGGAAAGCUACGUGGGCCAUGUCCAUAACCUGACAGAGGAACGGGACAACAUCAUCACGCAGUAUGAGAAAGAAAACGAGCACCUCAGAGAUGAGCUGAUGCAGCUGCAGCAGGAAACUGCCUCGUGGUCAGCCCUGCAAGUGCCUGAGAGCUGGGAAGAAGGGGUGCAUGAAUGGAGAAAGAGUGACAGGACUGUGCUACAGAAGGCCAUGGAGCACAACAGCAGGCUGGACAAGGAAAUUCUGGCACUGCGAGCACGGGUCCAAACGCUCGACGUGGAAAGAAAAGCGUUCCUUGAUCUGGUUGAACAGCUCAAAGAGGAGAUCUGUGAGUAUCAAAAGGCUGAGAAGCAAGGAUUUCCAUUGUCCACACCAAUCGAGACUGAAGAAUUGAGCAUGUUGCAGCUGCAGGGCACAAAGGAUGAAGGGAGGGUUGAAGGGGACCACACUUCAGGCAAAGCUGGCUCAGAUCAAGAAGACAGAUAUCAGAGUAGUGAAACACUUCAUAAAAGGUGCCGAGAGGUGAUUGAAAACAUUGAGGGCAGGAAUUCGCAGCUCCUUCACAAGCUGCAAAAACUUGAGCAGGAGCACGAGAAUUUGGUUGAGCGCAAUGAAGAACUGGAAUCAAUUCUGGGAGAGACACAGAUCCAAACAAAGCAGGAAAAGGAACAGUUUGAGAGUGAAGUGGAGGGACUGCACCGGAAAAUCAUGAGUUUAGAGACAGAGUUACUUGAAGUGCAGAAGAACAAAACUGAGAUGAGUGGGGAAGAGCAGGCGUCAUCUGAUGGAGCACAGGAGAUGCAAGAGAUGCUGGAAAGCUGUCAGGAAACAAUAGAAAAGUUGGGAAGUCAGCUGGGAGAGCGGAGAGAAUGGAGAAAACAACUUUCAUCUGAACUUGAACUAUUGCGGGAAGAUCUGAAGGCUGAGAAGAAGGCCUCUGAACUUGUACAAGAAAGUGAGCAGAUUAACAAACUUGAGCAGCAACAUGAAGAUUUACGUACAGAUGAAAAGACACAUGAAGAGCAGAUGGCUAAAGUAGUAUUUUUGGAAGAGCAGAUCCAAAACUUGACAGAUGAACAAGAACUUGUACGUUCUGAAUUACUAGAAAGCAACAAGAAGAGAGAGGAGCUAGAAAAACAGCUAAAGGAGAACAAUGAAGAAAAACAGUUGUUACUGGAAGAAAUUGCCAAGCUAAAGCAAGAUAUCCUGACUACCAGGGAGCAGUGUGACAGCACAGUUGAAGAGACUUUGAGGACGAAUCAAGGCAUGGUCCAUAGAGACAACAGGUUUCUUGUGUCACAGAGCUCUGCAGGCAGCUUAAAUGGGAGCAUUAAACAGAGUCUGUCUGAAGAGAGAUUCCAACAGCAGGAGGAAAAAGUACAGCAGCUGCGGCAGGACUUGCGUCGAGUUCAGAAUUUGUGCAGCUCAGCUGAGAGGGAGCUGAGAUAUGAAAGGGAGAAAAAUGUCGACUUACAAAAGCAAAAUCUCUUGCUCCAGCAGGAAUGCACUAAGGUCAAAGCUGAACUGAAGCAAGCUCGGACAAAGCUCUUGGACACAACUGAAACAUGCUCCUCUCUCUCAGCACAGUUGGAAAAAAGUCAGCAGAAGGUCAAAGACCUUGAACAAGAGCUUUUGAAAUGCUCCCAUGCUGAUAAAUUGCAGAGCAGCCUGCAAGAGAAACUUGCACAGGAGAAAUCCAAAGUGUACGAAGCACAAAAACAGAUCUCAAAGCUCCAUCAGAAGUUGAAGGAUUCACACCACCACCUCCUGCUGGCAGAGACCCAUGUUUCAGACAAGAAACUCCUGGAGGAGGAAUUAAAGGAGGCUCGAGAAAAUGAAGCUCGAGUGCAGCAAGAACUCCGUGAGGAGCUGCUGAAAAGGAAGCUCCUGGAGCAGCAGGUGGAGGAGCUGCGGCAGCAGCUCCGGCAUUCACAUGAGACAGAGGCAUCACUGGCCAGGAUGCACGUGGAGCUGCAGGCCAAGACUCUGCAUGCCCUAGAAGAUGAGAGGAAAACUGAUUCAAGCGAGCAUCUCCAGUGUCACAAGGAGAACCAGAAGCUUUCAGAGCAACUUUCACUGCUGAAGGAGGAAAACAAAGCUCUUUAUGAGGAAGGAGUCCGUCUUUUGAACCAGAAGGAUCUGUACGUCAGGAAAUAUAAUGAAAUGCAGCUCCGCCACAAAGACAAGAUCCGCAGAGCCAAAGAGACGUUCAUCCAUGAGGUGAAACAAAGGGACAGCAGAAUUAGGCAGCUUGAAAGUGAGCUCAGUGAGUCAAAACUCCAAGUGGAAAAGGGGAAGGUGCUGAUUGCACAGAUCACUACUGAGAAUGAGAAAUUACUCCAGGAAAGAAGACGGCUCCUCCAGAAGAUAACUGACCAAGAGGAGACCCCUUGGAGCACCAGGUCUAUGAUUGCCGCCCUGCAGAGCAGAGUGAAGAUCCUGGAUGAGGAGAAUGUGCGGCUGCAUGAGAGCAAACUGCAGCUCUCCAGCCACGUGCCCACCUCGCAGCGUGCCAUGAGGAGCAUCCACACUCCCAACAUGGAGGACUUGAAGGGUGUUAACUUCUCUGAACGGCAGCUACGGAGUAAGGUGUUGCCAUCUCCCUGUACCAGCUUCCCAUCACGAGAACUGCCAGACUCUCUCAGCACCCUGAAGCCCGUGCAGGACACAAAGCCUGAAGGAGGAGCCAAAAGCCAAGACUCAUCCUUUUGCUUAUCGCCUUCUCAGCCUUCUGAGAUUGGGUACUUAAACGUAGCCUCACCUGGAGACACCACAGCCUCCCAGCUGCAGGAGGAGAGUCAUAGCAUCAGCUCUGAGAACUUCUAAAUAGGGAGAGAGAUGUUUGUAAAAUACACCCUCACUGGACUGCAAGGAUUUGGGCUCCUGUUGCCAUCAGAUGACAAGGACUGCAGGAGGGAGAAUUGCCAAAUGACUUAUUUGAUGACUUUUGUGAUAUCUUUCAAUUAAACUAUUCAACAGCUUUUUUUUUUUUUAAAAAAAAAAAAAA